GGAGGAAGGAGGGCGGCGAGGGGUCGCAUGGGGCGCUGCGAUCGGAAAUCGACUUUUUCUAUGACUUUAUUAUUGGCCAGGAAAAACCCCCUUCGCCUGACGCGCCCAGUAGCUGAUCGGCGCCUGCAGAGCGAGAGAAACCUUUCGGGUCUCCGCCCACUCCUGCGCGCCCGACCGAAGUGGAGACUGCGUGCCCACCUACUCCCUGGACUCAGCCCCCCAAGAGGGGAGCCAGCGAUUAACUCCGGAACAGCCGGACACUCUAGCCUGCCACGUAUCCGCCUGCCAUCUUCUGCCCCCACCCCGGUGCAUUCUGCUGAAAGAAGGAAUGGCUACAGAAGAACCAGCUCAGAGAGUGAAAACAAGGAAGAGUACCCAGAGACUGUGAGGUCUCGCACGGCAUGUGGAAGAAGGGGGUCCUCAGAAACUAAGAAGUGGGAAUCCCACGAGAAGCGAGAUGAAAGCUUCCUCAGAGAGAGCUGGGCUUGCCCUCCUCCCUAUAUGGAGGUUCUUGGGGGCACUCAGGACUGCGCAACCCACCAUUGGCUCAGCAACCAUCACAAGGAGCGUGGGAAGAUCCUUAAGGCCCGGCCCCCCAACCUCAUUAGCCGCCAGAGACUUCACGGGAGCAUGAAGCUCCACCCCUGUGCCGACUGCGGGAGAGGCUUUGGCCUCCUCUCGAACCUCAUUCGCCACCAGAGGACCCACGUUGGGAGGAAGCCCUACAAAUGUCCCGACUGCGGGAAAGAAUUUGGCCACAGCUCGGCCCUCAUCACUCACCGGCGCAUCCACACCGGGGAGAAGCCAUACGCGUGCAACGAAUGCGGGAAAAGCUUCAACGUGGUGUCAAACCUUCUGCGCCACCAGAGGAGCCACACGGGAGAGAAGCCGUACCAGUGCCCCGACUGCGGGCGCUGCUGCAGCCAGAGGUCUCACCUGGUUGCUCACCUGCGCCUCCACACCGGGGAGAGGCCUUACCGGUGCCUGGAGUGUGGGAAAAGCUUCAACGUCAGCUCCGACCUUAUCAAACACCGGAGAAUCCACACGGGCGAGAAGCCUUACGAGUGCCGCUACUGCGGGAAGCGCUUCAGCGGCAGCUCAAACCUCAUCACGCACCAGAGGCUCCACACGGGCGAGAAGCCCUACGUCUGCCCAGAGUGCGGCAAAAGCUUCCCCAUCAGCUCCAAGCUCAUCGCUCACCAGAGAAUCCACACCGUGGAGAAACCCUACGACGGCGCCGACUGGGGGAAAAUUUUCCCUGAAAGGCCCCGCCUGGCCAGGCGCCAGCAGAGCCCGUACCGCCGAGAGAAAUGCUUCAAGUGUGGCGACUGUGGGAAGAGUUUCACCACCAGCUCCUACCUUAUCACUCACCAGCGCACCCACACGGGGGAGACCCCUUACAUCUGCGGGGACUGUGGGAAAAGCUUCACUGUCAUCUCCAACCUUGCCAGACACCAGAGAAUCCACACGGGAGAGAAACCCUACCAAUGCCCGGACUGCGGGAGGAGCUACAGCCAACGGGCCCACUUGACGACGCACCUCAGAGUCCACACGGGAGAGAAGCCUUACGUCUGCGCCGACUGCGGGAAGAGCUUCAACGUCAACUCGUCCCUCACUAAACACCGGAGAAUCCACACGGGCGAAAAGCCCUACAUGUGCCCUGACUGUGGGAAAACGUUCAGCCAGAGCUCCAACGUCAUCACGCAUCGAAAGCUCCACCAUGGAGAGAGCCUCCUCGGUGGCCCCACAAGGAUCCUUCAGAUCAAAAUACAACCGCUGCGGAUUGCAAAGGGUGCAAAACGGUGGAUUUGGGGGUCUGUCGGCUCAUGCAAGAAGGGGAAGCCCUGGAGGCAAAGAAAAAGGAGGAGACCAGAGACUGCAAAAGGGUCGCUGGAAGGUUUCCCAAAGCCCCACUCCAGAUCAGAGCCUGUGUUGCUGAUCCCCCACAUCGUCCCUUGUCCGGAUCCCCUCUCCAGAUCCGGGCCAGAACAAGCUCCAGGAGUGCGGAGGGGAAACCCGAUGGAAGAGCAGGACCCAGCAGGACCCCAAACAGAGGAGACAUUAGAAGAAGGAAGAGGAGGAGAACAUUUUCCUGUUUAUCGGGUUGGGAGCACUGAGGAGGUCCAAAUUGAGGAAGGUCCACAAGAUGCUAAGCAGAUACCGGAUGAGGCCGCGCCACUAGGUACUAAAAGGACUCCAGGUGAGGAGGCUGCGCAGGAGGCUCAGCAGGUACCUGAUGAAGCAGGUCUGCACCAGGCCAGCCAGACAACUGACAAAAAGCUCCAGCAGCCCCAGGAUUUCCAGAAGACAGCCAAGUCCCGGAGGAAGCUGCUGGUGCCUACCCGAUGGGACCACACCAAAUCUUUUCAGACUUCCUUCAGGAGAAUAGCCGAUGCCAUCCAGUGGCCUCGAGAAGAGCGGAAGACCCAGAAUCUGCUAGACCUCAGCGGAGAAGCCACUCAAGUCUAUAAGACCCUGGGCUCAAUUGGGCAAGUGGUGGACGAGGACGCCACCAGUUUGGAGUUAUGGCGCCGGCGGUUCAGGCAGUUCUGCUACCUGGAGGCCGAGGGACCCCAAGAAGUUUGCAGCCGACUCCAAGACCUUUGCUUCCGAUGGCUGCAGCCCCAGAAACGCACGAAGGAGCAGAUCCUGGAGCUGCUGGUCUUGGAGCAGUUCCUGGCCAUAUUGCCACAGGAAAUGCAGAUCUGGGUCAGGAAGCGGGGACCGGAGACCUGUGCCCAGGCGGUGACCCUGGCAGAGAUUUUCUGUUGGAAGCUGCAAGACCACGAGAGGUGGGAUCAGCAGGUGCCGGGGCCCUUUGAAAAAGUGGCUGUUAAUUUCUCUAAGGUAGACCCCUUGAAGAUGCAGCUGUACGUGGUGGCCAUGCAGGACGACGAAAGGAUAACCAGCUUGUUGGCAGGCAAUGGCCAAGCGAGUGAAAGUGAGGAGGAGAAUCUCCGGCUGGAGAGGCCGGGGCAAGUGGAGUACCGCAGGAUGUCGCUGGAAAGGGCUAAAGGGAGCGUCUUCCUAUUUCCUGAGAUGGGAGAGGUGCCCGCAAACCAGCUGGUCACUGGAAGGGAAGUCUUCCAGUUUCUAGAGACUGAAGAGACAUCAGGAAGCCAGCAAGCUCCAGAGAAACGCCAGAGAAGGCUCCUGGAACAGGCAGCGGAAAAGGCCUUUCAUUCUGAAGGGGCGAAAAGUUUAAAUGAGAGCACUUUACACGAGAGGCUUGAGGCAAGUCCUCGAAAAAAGACAGUCGCAGGGGAAAGCUGCAGCCAGAGUACCGACCCUCUUAAAAACUUGAAUGUCCAGGCAGGGAAGAAGUCAUACAGAUGCUCGUAUUGUGGGAAAAUCUUCAACCAUGCCUCUGCUCAUUUGGUCCACGAGAGGGUCCACACAGGAGAGAAACCAUAUAACUGCCUGGAGUGUGGGCAGAGUUUCAGUCGGAGAUCGCACCUUACUAGACACCAGAGAAUCCACACAGGCGAGAAGCCCCACACAUGCUCAGAAUGCGGGAAGCACUUCAGCCGGAGAUCCCACCUUAUUGAACACCAGAGAACCCACACGGGAGAGAAGCCGUUUGCCUGCUCCAUCUGUGGGAAAAGCUUCAACUACCGCUCCCUCCUGAAAGAGCAUGCAAGGAUCCACACAGGAGAAAAGCCAUACAAAUGUUCAGACUGUGGGAAAAGCUUCAAUCGGAGGGAAAGCUUUAUAAUACAUGAGAGGACACACACAGGGGAGAAGCCGUACGAGUGCCUAGACUGCGGGAAAAGGUUCAGUCAGCGAUCGAACAUUACUGCCCACGAGAAAACCCAUACUGGGGAGAAACCUUACGUCUGCCGGGAAUGCUUGAAGCGCUUCAGCGACAGCUCAGCCCUGGUUAAGCAUCAGCGGAUCCAUGCAGGAGAAAAACCUUACACAUGCCCCGAGUGCGGGAAGAGUUUCUCCCAAAGCUCAACCCUUAUUGCACAUCAGAGAAUACACACUGGAGAGAAGCCGUAUGUGUGCCCUGACUGCGGGAAGAGCUUCAGCGUGAGCUCCAAUCUUGUCGCUCACCAGAGAAUCCACACAGGAGAGAAGCCUUUUGGCUGUCCUGUCUGCUUGAAAGGCUUUCUGGUCAGCUCCCAUCUCAUCAGACACCUAAGAAUACACACAGCGGAGAAACCUUACAUUUGCCGAGAAUGCGGGGAGUGCUUUACUCAGAGCUCCCACCUCGUCGUGCAUAAGAGAAUCCACACUGGCGAAAAACCUUACCUGUGUUCCGAGUGCGGGAAGAGCUACCGUGGGAUCUCAGAUUUGAUCCAGCACCAGAGGAUUCACACGGGAGAGAAGCCCUACAAGUGCCCCGAAUGUGGGAAAUGUUUCAGUCAGAGCUCAUGCCUUAAGAAGCACCAGCGGAUUCACACCGGGGAGAAACCUUUCAUGUGCCUCAAAUGUGGGAGAAGGUUCAAUCGGAACUCACAUUUGACCAGGCACCAGAAAACCCACACAGUGUGAUUUUUUUUAAAAAAAAUGCUUUUCCGUUGGAAAUUCAUCUCCAUAAUUAUAGCCACUAUAGAAUAAGUAAAGCCAGGUAUCGUGAAAUAGGAAACCUUUCUCCGUCUUCCAAAGGAACUUUUGUCCAACACUUGAAUUGGAGGAUUAUCAUCAGGGAAAUAAUACAUAGGAUACAAUUCUUCUAAAAUGUCCUUUCCCCCCACCUGGCUCCUACUCUCCAUCCACUUCUACCCAGGAUUCUAGUAUCUUCCCCAGAUUAUAUUCUAUACCGUGUUCUUUCCUUUUUACUUGUUUUAAAAUGUCGUCCCAUUGUCAACACCUUCAGACAGGUCAGCUCUCGAGUUUUCCUAUGGAUUUUGAGUCUCUCUCUCUCAAUGGCCUCUAGUUUCUGAUUGGUUUUUACCAAAUUCUUGGAAGCUGUGCUAGGUAGCUGAGGAAAAGAGAGAGAGAAAAAAAAAAGACAAUGAGACUAUAACCUAAUACCAAGCUCUGUAAUGGUGCCAGCACCCUCCAUUUUCUCUGUUGUGGCAGAGCAUAAACUCAACAUGCAUCAUGAAGGGGGUUGCCUGUGUGUCUGCAUGCUGCCACUCUCUGCAGUGAGAAAAAGGCACAAGAGGGAGCAAGAAAGAGAACUGCCUGACAUGCCCCUUGUCUUGUUUUUAUCCUGAUAGUAGGCAGUGGAGUCUUGACUGACUGGGAGUCGGAUCCUGCAUCACCCCCAAGACAUGGUGACUCUGAACUGUGGGUGUUGCUGAAGUUGGCGAGGGGGUCAUAUCUCAAGAGCGCAGUGUCCAGAAGGCCCAGUUUCCAAUCCUUGACGUUUACAGCUAAAAUAAGUCUCGGGUGGUUGAAAAUAGGAAAGAUCUCUCUCUCUCUGCCUUGGAGCACACUGCUGCCUGACAAAGUUGACAUUAUUGGGGCCCAAUGGACCAGCGCCCUGCCUCAAUGUAAGACAGCCUUCAGCGUUCAAGUUCCUUGGCGUCCGCUCUGAUCAGCAGAAAGGCAGUGUGGGAAAUCUUCAUUAAAGGGCCUGUCUGGCAUUAACUGAGAACAAACGGGGGGUCCUCACCCUGUUUGGUUUUUUUAGCAUGCAUUGUGGGCUCACGACAACACCAGAGCUUUAAAAUACCAGUGUUAAUUCCUUCCCUAUCUAAUGAUCUUCCUUUCUUUUUAGCUGAGUUGAAUGGUUUUAAAGUAAUAAUAGGAUAGCAGCUGACCCCAGGUAUAGGGUAUGGGAUGGCUGCCUGAGUUAUGAACCACAAAGACUUUGGCUUGAAUCUCGCCUCUGCCGUGAACGGACUUCUCGGCCUGAAACAAGGUGCACAUUUCUCUCAGCUUCAGCCGCCUAUCCAACCGCAGUAUGAAGAUAAUAAUACCGAGCUUCCUUAUAGGGAUUUUAAUGAGAUAUUCUACGUGGAGCGCUUUGAACAUUCAGGGUGCUCUGCGAAUCUAAGUUAUUGUUUUAAUCUGGGAUGUGUUUUGUCUUCCUUGAAUGGGGACAUGUAACUGGGCUCCACGAUGUCUUCUGCUUCCACUUCUCUCUGUGUCUCUGCUCUCUUGUGAGCAUGAGCAAUGCUCCCUCUGAGGCAAAUGUGAGAGACCUGAGACGGGCAAAGGAUUGGAAGGGGUGCAGCGCUGACUGGGGAGGGUUGGAGGUACAAAAAUUAGCCCCAAUCUCAUCUCAGGGGCAGGUCAAAGACUCAGAGGUGCCCUUAAAAAAAAGCACACGACGAGCAGGACAGACGAUAGCUGCCUCAAUAUUCGACUGCUUGAGAAGUAUCUAAUAUAGCUUUAUUCAGUCGUUCAUCUUGGAUCUGCAAGUGCAACAGUGUUGUCUGCCCUGCUCCCAUUGUUGUAAACAUACCCAGCCCAACCAAAGGUCUGAAGAGGGCCUUUAAGCAUGUUUGCUUGAACAGGCCUACAAGCCUUCCAAUUGCCCCUGACAAGGCAGGUUCCCAAUGGUGAGGAAGCUUAUAAGCAUUUCCAGGCAAAUGUUUUUACAAGCCCCCUAUAGACCUUCACACAAAGGUUGGGUGAAGAGCAGGCAUGCCUCUGGUGCACCUGGAGACAUUUGAGGCAGGUCCAACUCUUGCCACCCAACCCUAGAUAUUUUUGCCCUCGUGUCAAGCGGAAUGCCUCAAGCAGCCUAUAUCUCUGUUCCUUUAAGCCCCUGUUCCUGUUUACACCAGAACAUCCCCAAAUCUAAUUAUAGUUAAGAUGUCUGCCUGCUGUAUACAGAAGCAGUGUUGUUUUUUUAAAAAAUUCUUCUAAACACCCAAAAAGGUGAUGUUUUAUUCUUCCAAAGUAUGUGCAGAGCCCCAUGCUUGCUGGGUAUCUAUACUUUUAGAGUGUGAUUUUAAAUAAAGUAAAAAUAAAUAGAAUGCUUUGGGGGGAAAUAUAA